GUUCCCGGAUUUUUGUGGGCGCCUGCCCCGCCCCUCGUCCCCCUGCUGUGUCCAUAUAUCGAGGCGAUAGGGUUAAGGGAAGGCGGACGCCUGAUGGGUUAAUGAGCAAACUGAAGUGUUUUCCAUGAUCUUUUUUGAGUCGCACUUGAAGUACCACCUCCCGAGGGUGAUUGCUUCCCCAUGCGGGGUAGAACCUUUGCUGUCCUGUUCACCACUCUACCUCCAGCACAGAAUUUGGCUUAUGCCUACUCAAUGUGAAAAUGAUGAGGAUGAAAACCUUUGUGAUGAUCCACUUCCACUUAAUGAAUGAUGGCAAAGCAAAGCCAUAUUCAAGGCCACAUGCAAAGCUACUCCCUGAGCAAAGAGUCACAGAUAAAACGGGGGCACCAGUAGAAUGGCCAGGACAAACGCAGUGCAGCACAGAGACUCAGACCCUGACAGCCAUGCCUGCGCAGGCAGUGAUGAGAGUGACAUGUACUGUUGUGGACAUGCACAAAAGCGAGUGUGCACCGGCACAGACAUGAAGCUGCGGCUCCCUGCCAGUCCCGAGACCCAUCUGGACAUGCUCCGCCACCUCUACCAGGGCUGCCAGGUGGUGCAGGGAAACCUGGAACUCACCUACCUGCCCACCAAUGCCAGCCUGUCCUUCCUGCAGGAUAUCCAGGAGGUGCAGGGCUACGUGCUCAUCGCUCACAACCAAGUGAGGCAGGUCCCACUACAGAGGCUGCGGAUUGUGCGAGGCACCCAGCUCUUUGAGGACAACUAUGCCCUGGCCGUGCUAGACAAUGGAGACCCGCUGAACAAUACCACCCCUGUCACAGGGGCCUCCUCAGGAGGCCUGCGGGAGCUGCAGCUUCGAAGCCUCACAGAGAUCUUGAAAGGAGGGGUCUUGAUCCAGCGGAACCCCGAGCUCUGCUACCAGGACACGAUUUUGUGGAAGGACAUCUUCCACAAGAACAAUCAGCUGGCUCUCACACUGAUAGACACCAACCGCUCUCGGGCCUGCCACCCCUGUUCUCCGGUGUGUAAGGGCUCCCGCUGCUGGGGAGAGAGUUCUGAGGAUUGUCAGAGCCUGACACGCACUGUCUGUGCCGGUGGCUGUGCCCGCUGCAAGGGGCCACUGCCCACUGACUGCUGCCAUGAGCAGUGUGCUGCCGGCUGCACGGGCCCCAAGCACUCUGACUGCCUGGCCUGCCUCCACUUCAACCACAGUGGCAUCUGUGAGCUGCACUGCCCAGCCCUGGUCACCUACAACACAGACACGUUUGAGUCCAUGCCCAAUCCCGAGGGCCGGUAUACAUUCGGCGCCAGCUGUGUGACUGCCUGUCCCUACAACUACCUUUCUACGGACGUGGGAUCCUGCACCCUCGUCUGCCCCCUGCACAACCAAGAGGUGACAGCAGAGGAUGGAACACAGCGGUGUGAGAAGUGCAGCAAGCCCUGUGCCCGAGUGUGCUAUGGUCUGGGCAUGGAGCACUUGCGAGAGGUGAGGGCAGUUACCAGUGCCAAUAUCCAGGAGUUUGCUGGCUGCAAGAAGAUCUUUGGGAGCCUGGCAUUUCUGCCGGAGAGCUUUGAUGGGGACCCAGCCUCCAACACCGCCCCGCUCCAGCCAGAGCAGCUCCAAGUGUUUGAGACUCUGGAAGAGAUCACAGGUUACCUAUACAUCUCAGCAUGGCCAGACAGCCUGCCUGACCUCAGCAUCUUCCAGAACCUGCAAGUAAUCCGGGGACGAAUUCUGCACAAUGGCGCCUACUCGCUGACCCUGCAAGGGCUGGGCAUCAGCUGGCUGGGGCUGCGCUCGCUGAGGGAACUGGGCAGUGGACUGGCCCUCAUCCACCAUAACACCCACCUCUGCUUCGUGCACACGGUGCCCUGGGACCAGCUCUUUCGGAACCCGCACCAAGCUCUGCUCCACACUGCCAACCGGCCAGAGGACGAGUGUGUGGGCGAGGGCCUGGCCUGCCACCAGCUGUGCGCCCGAGGGCACUGCUGGGGUCCAGGGCCCACCCAGUGUGUCAACUGCAGCCAGUUCCUUCGGGGCCAGGAGUGCGUGGAGGAAUGCCGAGUACUGCAGGGGCUCCCCAGGGAGUAUGUGAAUGCCAGGCACUGUUUGCUGUGCCACCCUGAGUGUCAGCCCCAGAAUGGCUCAGUGACCUGUUUUGGACCGGAGGCUGACCAGUGUGUGGCCUGUGCCCACUAUAAGGAUCCUCCCUUCUGCGUGGCCCGCUGCCCCAGCGGUGUGAAACCUGACCUCUCCUACAUGCCCAUCUGGAAGUUUCCAGAUGAGGAGGGCGCAUGCCAGCCUUGCCCCAUCAACUGCACCCACUCCUGUGUGGACCUGGAUGACAAGGGCUGCCCCGCCGAGCAGAGAGCCAGCCCUCUGACGUCCAUCAUCUCUGCGGUGGUUGGCAUUCUGCUGGUCGUGGUCUUGGGGGUGGUCUUUGGGAUCCUCAUCAAGCGACGGCAGCAGAAGAUCCGGAAGUACACGAUGCGGAGACUGCUGCAGGAAACGGAGCUGGUGGAGCCGCUGACACCUAGCGGAGCGAUGCCCAACCAGGCGCAGAUGCGGAUCCUGAAAGAGACGGAGCUGAGGAAGGUGAAGGUGCUUGGAUCUGGCGCUUUUGGCACAGUCUACAAGGGCAUCUGGAUCCCUGAUGGGGAGAAUGUGAAAAUUCCAGUGGCCAUCAAAGUGUUGAGGGAAAACACAUCCCCCAAAGCCAAUAAAGAAAUCUUAGACGAAGCAUACGUGAUGGCUGGUGUGGGCUCCCCAUAUGUCUCCCGCCUUCUGGGCAUCUGCCUGACAUCCACGGUGCAGCUGGUGACACAGCUUAUGCCCUAUGGCUGCCUCUUAGACCAUGUCCGGGAAAACCGCGGACGCCUGGGCUCCCAGGACCUGCUGAACUGGUGUAUGCAGAUUGCCAAGGGGAUGAGCUACCUGGAGGAUGUGCGGCUUGUACACAGGGACUUGGCUGCUCGGAACGUGCUGGUCAAGAGUCCCAACCAUGUCAAAAUUACAGACUUCGGGCUGGCUCGGCUGCUGGACAUUGACGAGACAGAGUACCAUGCAGAUGGGGGCAAGGUGCCCAUCAAGUGGAUGGCGCUGGAGUCCAUUCUCCGCCGGCGGUUCACCCACCAGAGUGAUGUGUGGAGUUAUGGUGUGACUGUGUGGGAGCUGAUGACUUUUGGGGCCAAACCUUACGAUGGGAUCCCAGCCCGGGAGAUCCCUGACCUGCUGGAAAAGGGGGAGCGGCUGCCCCAGCCCCCCAUCUGCACCAUUGAUGUCUACAUGAUCAUGGUCAAAUGUUGGAUGAUUGACUCUGAAUGUCGGCCGAGAUUCCGGGAGUUGGUGUCUGAAUUCUCCCGCAUGGCCAGGGACCCCCAGCGCUUUGUGGUCAUCCAGAAUGAGGACUUGGGCCCAGCCAGUCCCUUGGACAGCACCUUCUACCGCUCACUGCUGGAGGACGAUGACAUGGGGGACCUGGUGGAUGCUGAGGAGUAUCUGGUACCCCAGCAGGGCUUCUUCUGUCCAGACCCUGCCCCGGGCGCUGGGGGCAUGGUCCACCACAGGCACCGCAGCUCAUCUACCAGGAGUGGCGGUGGGGACCUGACACUAGGGCUGGAGCCCUCUGAAGAGGAGGCCCCCAGGUCUCCACUGGCACCCUCCGAAGGGGCUGGCUCCGAUGUAUUUGAUGGUGACCUGGGAAUGGGGGCAGCCAAGGGGCUGCAAAGCCUCCCCACACAUGACCCCAGCCCUCUACAGCGGUACAGUGAGGACCCCACAGUACCCCUGCCCUCUGAGACUGAUGGCUACGUUGCCCCCCUGACCUGCAGCCCCCAGCCCGAAUAUGUGAACCAGCCAGAUGUUCGGCCCCAGCCCCCUUCGCCCCGAGAGGGCCCUCUGCCUGCUGCCCGACCUGCUGGUGCCACUCUGGAAAGGCCCAAGACUCUCUCCCCAGGGAAGAAUGGGGUCGUCAAAGACGUUUUUGCCUUUGGGGGUGCCGUGGAGAACCCCGAGUACUUGACACCCCAGGGAGGAGCUGCCCCUCAGCCCCACCCUCCUCCUGCCUUCAGCCCAGCCUUCGACAACCUCUAUUACUGGGACCAGGACCCACCAGAGCGGGGGGCUCCACCCAGCACCUUCAAAGGGACACCUACGGCAGAGAACCCAGAGUACCUGGGUCUGGACGUGCCAGUGUGAACCAGAAGGCCAAGUCCGCAGAAGCCCUGAUGUGUCCUCAGGGAGCAGGGAAGGCCUGACUUCUGCUGGCAUCAAGAGGCGGGAGGGCCCUCCGACCACUUCCAGGGGAACCUGCCAUGCCAGGAACCUGUCCUAAGGAACCUUCCUUCCUGCUUGAGUUGCCAGAUGGCUGGAAGGGGUCCAGCCUCGUUGGAAGAGGAACAGCACUGGGGAGUCUUUGUGGAUUCUGAGGCCCUGCCCAAUGAGACUCUAGGGUCCAGUGGAUGCCACAGCCCAGCUUGGCCCUUUCCUUCCAGAUCCUGGGUACUGAAAGCCUUAGGGAAGCUGGCCUGAGAGGGGAAGUGGCCCUAAGGGAGUGUCUAAGAACAAGAGCGACCCAUUCAGAGACUGUCCCUGAAACCUAGUACUGCCCCCCAUGAGGAAGGAACAGCAAUGGUGUCAGUAUCCAGGCUUUGUACAGAGUGCUUUUCUGUUUAGUUUUUACUUUUUUUGUUUUGUUUUUUUAAAGAUGAAAUAAAGACCCAGGGGGAGAAUGGGUGUUGUAUGGGGAGGCAAGUGUGGGGGGUCCUUCUCCACACCCACUUUAUCCAUUUGCAAAUAUAUUUUGGAAAACA